AUGAAACUGUUCCAGCCUGCCAAAGAAAUGCCAGAUAUGAGAAAUGUAAAGCUUAAAAUGACAAAUCUACACUUACAUGCUAACGGAGUCUUCAGUAAUGUGUACAGGGGCACACUUUUAUCCCCCGGUGAAGCACCGAGAGAAAUCGCUAUUAAGAAAACUUGGCCAGAAAGCAAAGAUCGCAAUUUUGAGAUGAUAUUUCUCACCGGAAUCAGUAGAGAAAGACACAAAAAUAUUAUUCAAAUGAUCUAUGCCUUCUCGAACAAGCGAGACGACCGGAUAUGCGAAUCAUUCGUUUUCGAUUUUAUGCCCGAUACGUUGGGAUCAUUGAUCGAGAACAACUCACUCGAUCUUGUCGACAUGAAAAUGUACACUUGGCAGAUGUUUAAUGGCCUACAAUAUCUCAGUCAGUUGCAGAUCAUGCACAGAGACGUAAAACCAGUCAACAUUCUCGUAGACCACGGGCUUGGUCUUUUGAAAAUUGGCGAUUUUGGUUCUGCGAAAGUUGUACGGCCAGGAAUGACGUCAACACCGUAUCAAGUCUCUGAUUCGGAUUCUCCUGGCCUCACCUCACUAGAUUAA